CUCUGUCCAAUUAGUAAUUUUGCCGACAUCGAAGUUAGCAACUUUUCCCUGUAGUUAUUAUUUUCUCUUUCCUCGCGGAGUUUCGAUUAAGCUAUGAUCUUUCUCCUCUUUCUAUUUCUCCUCACUUGAGAGGGGCCUGGGUAAGCCUGUCGGAGUCUAACUUUUGUUUUACCCGGAGUCCGCAAGCUUCUUAGCCAGCUCCUAAGCUAUAAGAGGUGAAGCUAUUAAUGGAUACUGAUCAUUUUGUCUUCUUUUUCCACAACUGUAGAUAAACUGGAUAAGCUUCGUAUUUAUAAUAUGGAUGCUAACCACGUCGUUACAAAUCGAGGCGUCUUUCUUUCCUUGUACCCCGCUUUCACCACCUGAUCGCUGCCGUAAAAUUGACGAGAUUUCCGGAAAGCAGAUCUCCUUUCAUAUUUGCGGCGUUCAACUCACAACAGCUUUAGUUAGGUUCUGCAGAUUGCGAAGGAAAAGAAAUGGUACGGUAUUUUGUUUCAUAAGUAUACAGCUACUUUAAAGACUGGUGUCAUAAACUGCGAAUGGUUCACAUGAAGUGAAGUAACGAAAGAUACUGAAAAAAUGUGUUUAUGGAUCAUUCAUCAUUUACCACUGGGUAGUUAUUUAUCGCACACUGGUGGUUUUCAUGGGUAACGAACAGUCUCACCAAAAAAACUCACCAAAAUAAGACUCUCACGCCUACGAAUUCCAAGAAUUUUCUUGGAGAGCAGGGCAAAGGAGAAUGCUCAGUGACGACGGACCGGGUCGUUGGUGGGAAAAUUAUUCACAUAACAAAAACAAAGCGUGUACCCAGUCCAUCUUGCUUGUUGAUAGCAAGCAAUCCCGUAACCAGCAUAAGCGAUCAUUUUAAAACUUCCUUACCUAUAAAUGCCCAGAAACAAUUUCAUUAAUUCGAUAUCAAAAUAUAUAACUAUUAUUUUCCAUCAAGUCCUACUUUGUUUUCCUUCAGUAAAACCAAGAGACAGCAAAGUAAUCCUGGACAAGCAAAGAGCUGACGGAUUUCUCACUUCACAGCAGGUGACUAAAAGGAACUUCGACCUUGUAGAAGAGUGCUGUCGAGAGGGCUGUGUGUUGGAAGAACUUUUGGAAUAUUGCAAAUAUUUUUGAAAUGGAAAAUCGGCCAGAAGAAAAUACCUUAAAAAGUAUGUUUAGUUCUCGGUUGCACGCGGUUGCGAUGAACAACCGCUCUCUACAACUUGAGGGAAAUGUAGACCAUAUGGUACUUUGCCGCAACCAAAUUAAUAUUAAUUUUUAAUUUUUGGUCCCAUUUCAUCUCAGUUUAUUUAAAUUGUAGCUUUCGGGGCAAAGGAAAAAAACGUUAUAAUGAGUCGGGUCGCGAUUAUUCUGCUGAUCCUCAUCGAGAG